CCCCGAUGAUGUAGCGCUGCGGCAGAAGAAGUUUGAAGACAAUAUGGCCGGAGCAUGCGCUGACCUUCAGGCUCCAGUGACAAUGGGGGGUAUGAAAGCGCUCUUUGAUUCGUACCUUGCCCCGGUCGCAGAGUCAGUUCAACGCUUGAGCCAAGACUUGCAAGACUUCCGGCAAAAAGUUGACACUGGUAUGGAAGAUAUCCGGGACGAGACGACGCAGCUCUGGGAGGACGUGGACAUCUUGCUCAAUGACUUCACGACGUUGGACAGGCAAGUGGGGGACGACAUCCUUCCGCGCAUCGCCGACAUCGAGAAGGGCAUCGCCGAGAUGAAGAUGCAUGCGUGCGGCGAGCAGAACCCUCGGGAAGGCAACCGCCGGGCAUGGUGCAGCACGGAUGCCCCCAUCGAGCAGCGUGCCAUCACGUCAUUGCUUCUCGGCCUCCGCUACCUGCUCACGCAGUGGGGCUUCGACAAAAAGUUCCUAAAGAUCGACGACGACGCCGGGGUACUGAAAGCUGGGGGCAGAGGAAUACUUCGAGUAAAAGUUGUGGGAAAGAAGCUCAAAUUGGAUUGGCUGGAGACUUCUUGGGAGACGUGGGAGGAACUGCAGAACUCACCAGAAUGGAAAGAGCUACAGCAGAAGACAACCGACAGGCUGGACAAGAGCGCGACCAGUCUGUCCAAAGGAGCGGGCAAAG